CAUUAAUGAAUUCAUUGGAACCGACUUUGUACUUAGGAAGAAUGAUAGCAUUUAGAUAUUGGAGGAGAUUCCAAAAGGGAACGUUGGAAGUUUGGGAAAGUUUGGAGACUGUCUUGGAGAAGAAAGGUCACUCAAUUAUUAAAGGUUUCCAAACCAAGCAGAAAAAUUUGAAUUUGACGUGGUGGGUAAGCCUAGAAGGAAAGUCCCAAGAUGGAAACCUUGUCUUUCCCCAGAUAUAAUGUAGCUGAGAUUGUGGUUCACAUUCGCAAUAAGAUCUUAACAGGAACUGAUGGUAAAAACCUCUCCAAGAGUGAUCUUUAUCCAAAUCCAAAGAUGCCAGUGAAAUCUGAAGUUAUGUAUCCACAUUUAAUGGAAGGCUUCUUACCAUUCAGCAAUUUAUGUACUCAUCUGGACUCAUUUUUGCCAGUCUGCCGGGUAAAUGAUUUUGAGACUGCUGAUAUUCUAUAUCCAAAAGCAAAACGGACAAGUCGGUUUUUAAGUGGCAUCAUCAACUUUAUUCACUUCAGAGAAGCAUGCCGUGAGACAUAUAUGGAAUUUCUUUGGCAAUAUAGAUCCUCUGCAGACAGAAUGCAGCAGUUAAAUGCCACACACCAGGAGGCACUGAUGAAACUGGAGAGACUUGAUUCUGUCCCAGUUGAAGAACAAGAAGAGUUCAGGCAACUCUCAGAUAGUAUUCAGGAGCUACAGCAAUCACUCAAUCAGGACUUUCAUCAAAAAACGAUAGUCCUGCAAGAGGGGAAUUCCCAAAAGAAGUCAAAUAUUUCAGAGAAAACCAAGCGUUUGAAUGAACUAAAAUUGUCAGUGGUUUCUUUGAAAGAACUACAAGAGAGUUUGAAAACAAAAAUUGUGGAUUCUCCAGAAAAGCUGAAGAAUUAUAAAGAAAAAAUGAAAGAUAAAGUCCAGAAGCUUAAAAAGGCCAGACAAGAAGUGGUGGAGAAGUAUGAAAUCUAUGGAGACUUGGUUGAUUGCCUCCCUUCGUGUCAACUGGAAGUGCAGUUAUAUCAAAAGAAAAUACAGGACCUCUCAGAUAAUAGGGAAACCGUAAGCAGUAUCUUAAAGGAGAACCUGAAUUUGGAGGACCAAAUUGAAAGUGAUGAGUCAGAAUUGAAGAAAUUGAAGACUGAAGAAAAUUCAUUCAAAAGACUGAUGAUUGUGAAGAAGGAGAAACUUGCCACAACACAAUUCAAAAUAAAUAAGAAACAUGAAGACAUUAAGCAAUACAAACGCACAGUAAUUGAGGAUUGCAAUAAAGUUCAAGAAAAAAGAGGUGCUGUCUAUGAGCAAGUAACCACAAUUAAUCAAGAAAUCCAAAAAAUUAAAUUUGGAAUUCAACAACUAAAAGAUGCUGCUGAAAGGGAGAAACUCAAGUCCCAGGAAAUAUUUCUGAACUUGAAAACUGCUUUGGAAAAAUACCAUGAAGGCAUUGAAAAGGCAGCAGAGGACUGUUAUGCUAAGAUAGAUGAGAAGACAGCUGAACUGAGGAGGAAGGUGUUGAGAAUGUCAACUUGAUUAACAAAAUUACAUGUCUUUUUGUAAAUGGCUUGCCAUCUUUUAAUUUUCCAUUUGGAAAGUAAAUAGUUAAAUUGAAGCUAGUGGAAAUAUCAGAAGUACCAAAUAAUGUUGGCUUAAUCAGUGUU